UUAGACUCAAUAAUUAUUGAAAUGUGCAAUUUUCAACCCGGUAUGUGCGGAGUCGUCAAUUUGUUUGGUGGAAUAGAAGCUGUUGGAGGAUUGGAUACCAAAAUUAGGGUAGCGAUCGACAAUGGUUUUGAGCAAAUCCUGGUGCCCAAAGUGUGCGCCGCAAACUACGACAAAAGACUAAAGUUGCAAAUCGAAGUCAUCGAAGUGAGAACGUUCUACGAAGCGUUGAUGCACACAUUGGUCGAUGGUCUGUUGAUUUUGAAGGCAUUGGCUGAAAUUGAGGAGAAGCUGAAGGUGGCUACAGGAGAGGUCGCGAAGUUCACAAAGAACUUGAAGCCGGUCACUUCUACGAAUCUUUCGGAUUAUUCUUCAGUUUUCACUGAUGCAAAGAAGGUCAAAGGAGUUGGAAUUGAUUGGACAGCAACUAUUGCUUCAGUGGAGAAGUUGAAGGAUCUCUUGUCAACAAGAUUAUCACGAGCAGCUGGAACAUCUCCGGGACUAUCCGUUGCUCAACUCGAUCAGAUUCUAACAACAAUGCAGUCACUUAAAAGCUUGGAUAUGGACUUCACAAAGUUCUCCAAGGCUUUUGAUGGUUCAAGCAAGUCAUUGCAAUCACUUGGAGCAUCCUUUGUCAACUAUAAGAACCACGUGAAAAAGGCACAAGCAUCAGUUGGGGCUGGAGGAACAGGUGGAGGAAGUGGCUCAGGUCCAGGAUCUUCUAGUUCCGAUCAAACCACUAUGAUCGUGUCCAUUUCUGUCGGAGCUGUCGUUCUUUUGAUUAUUUUGGGAAUUGUAAUUGGGAUUUAUCUCUACCUACACCAUGUGCACAAAUUGGAACAACCGGUAUCAAAGGAAGAUGAUAAGAAGCCUUGUUCGAUUGCUAAGAGCAAGGACGAGAUGAGGACAAAAUGAUCAAAGAUGCUGUAGCCUAGAAGAAGCCGGAAAUAUUCAUAUGCAAAGUGUUAAUUAACUAUAUUUAUUGUUAUUUAUCAUAUUUCACAAUAUUUUUGAGGUGUUUUUUUUGACAAAAAACUCAUUCGGACUAAACGAUAUUAAUUUUAUCCGAAUUAGACAUUUAAAUAGCAAAACUUCUCUUUUUUAUUCAUAGUAAUUUAGAAGAA